AUGGAGGUAGCUGGGCAGACGUGCAUCCUGAAGGAUAAGGUUCGUGUGAACAGGAAAGCCCUUGAGGCUGUUCUUGAGCAAUGCCAGCUCGCCCUCCAACAGCUUGGCUAUGAUGAUGAUGAUGAUGAUGAUGAUGAUGAUGAUAAUGAAGUUGUUGCUCCCCAAGACACCAUCAAAACCUCUGCCCCUUUGAAUAGCCACGCUGAUCCAGUUGAGGUUUGUGGUCUCUUGAAAUUGAGGUCUGAACAUGCUCAUUCCACCAUGAUGUUAGAAAAUGCACAGGUGUCGCCUCCAGAAAACGUGGCAGAAGGGGAAAGUGAUUCCUGGGACAUGGUAAAUGAAAAUGACACCUGGGGACCCACUAAUGUGGAUUUAGAUUCACAUGACUACAUUUUAGUUCGACAAGAAGAUGUAAAGGAGGGUAUAGCAUCCUUCAUGGCUGCAUAUCUGUUGUCUCUUGAACAAGCUAAGGAUCUUACCCCAAACCAGCUUCAAGAAGCACUAAGCAAGACAUUCUCCACCAAAAAGAAAAAAGGCAAGCUUCGAAAGGCAUGGGAUGGAACCAAAGUAGUUUACAACAUGGCAUCCUGGGGUGCUACUGCCAUUGGAUUAUAUCAAAACCCUGUGCUUUCAAGUGCUGCCUCGGUGGCAUUCUGGACUUCAUCCCGAGCUUUCUCAAAGCUGUGGUGAGUUGCAUCAAUGGCUCACAAAGUGACUCUGGUGGUUGGAUUUGGAUUUGGACUAAUUUCAGAAUUAUUUGUUUCGAGUUUUCUCACUUUUCUGAUCUUGUUAAUAGAUUUUCAAUGUCCCAAAAGUUGCAAUCACGCCAAAUGUAGAACAAUUUAUGUUCAAGUGUAAUGUCCUUGUAUAUAUCAGUAAUGAAAAAAAUGAAAAAGAAAAAAAU